AUCCAUUCCACACUGCAAACUGGAGGAAGCCAUUGAUUAAUCGAAGCCGGGCGAAAUGACUUUUUUUCAUUUUGGAAACUGCGUUGCUCUAGCAUAUAUUCCUUAUGCUAUUGUUUACAAGUGUUCGGGACUGUCAGAAUACAAUGCAUUUUGGAAAUGUGUGAAAGCUGGUGGAGCGUAUUUAUUUACUCAGUUAUGUAAAAUGAUGGUGUUGGCUACAUUUUUUCCUGCUACAGAUUCUGGUGGUGAUGGUUUAGAUGUUACUGGGGAAUUUUUAAAAUGUACAGUAGAUUUGGCUGAUUUGGUCGGGUUACAUCUCAUCAUGACUAGGAUAGCUGGUAAAAGUCAGUUGAAGUUUAUGGUGGCUGGAAUGGGCUGGGCUACUUCAGAACUGAUCAUGACUAGAGUUAUUCCACUGUGGGUAGGAGCUAGAGGUGUAGAGUUUGAUUGGAAAUAUAUCCAGAUGAGUUUCGACUCUAAUGUUAGUUUGAUUCACCACAUCAGUACAGCUAUGCUAGUGUGGCUAUAUAGCCGUAAUGACCUUAAUAAAUCCAUGUUACCAGUUGUUACUAGUUUAUUAUUGCUGGGUUGUUAUAGACCUUUAAUAGUAGAGAUUUUGAUUCAUGCUGUAGGUCUGGGAUCCUGGAUGUUAUUAUUAGCUAAAACAUUAUUUACAUUAUGUGUGGGACUAGUCACGUUACAGAUGUACCUUAGAAUUCCAGCCCAGUUACAGAAUUCUUACUAUUAAAAGUACACACUCUGAAGUAUCAGAAAGAUGGCAUUCUUAUUAUAAAAAGCCUUCAAUCUCAUGGACUGUAUCAAACCUAUUCAUUUCUUGUGUCAUACAUCUUAUUCAUUAUUACUCCCAAAUCGUAUUAAUAUGGCAACUAUUGAACUCUAAAAUUUGAUGUAAAAAAAAUCAUAUUCAUCAUUCCUUCACAAUUUUAAUCUUAUUGACCUAAAGGAUUUGACACAAAUAUCCAUAGAUAACUGAUAGUAAUAGGGAGAGGGGAGGAUGUGUGUCCAGGCUUAAUUCUCUGAGGUUAUGUUUAUAGUUUUAAUUUUAAAAAACUGUUUAUGGAGCCUUGUUGAAAGGAAAGCAAAAACACCAAUAUCAUAUAGACUCUUGAAGGUCUAAAACACAUCAGUCUGGCAUUGGCAUUUAAAAUUUAAUAAUAGCCAGUGUUAUCUGAGAGAUUGUGUAAAGAUUUAUUGUUUGUAUUUUGAAUGUGUUUAUGUAAUUUAAUAAAUUUUAUAUUUAUCUUA